AACUCACAUUGUUCUUUCACUCUUCAAUUCAACAUUAUUGAAAUGCGCAACUAUAUUGAUAUGCUAGACUAUAUUUAUGACACAUUAUACUUAUCGGAUUCGGAAGGUAACAUCGAAGCGGACACGCUACGACGGUAUACAAUAGAAGGAAAUUGGAAAGAAGUUGAGAAUCUAUACAAUUCAGAUCCAAAAUUCAGCACAAUAAAAAUCAACAAAAGUAGAGGAACAGCACUACAUGUGGCAGUAAAUGAGGACAAUGAAGAAUCUGUUAGAAAUCUUGUUGCUUCAAUCAUAAGUCACGAAAUUGAGGAGGCCCUUGAAUGUGUGAAUGAAAAGGGGGACACUCCAUUGCACCUUGCAGCAUCAAGAGGAUUCAAAGAUAUAUGCAAAUGUAUUAUAGGAGAAAAUGGUGAAAGGAAGCAUUUGAUUGAUAUCUAUAACAACGAUGGAGAGACUCCUUUAUUUCUUGCUGCAUUGUCUUGCCAAAAACAAACUUUUGUUUAUCUUUUCAAAUUGUAUGAUUAUCAUAAUCCUUAUAAUUAUUAUAAAUUUAUUAGAUGCAAUGGAGAUAGUAUUCUUCACUGUGCCAUCAGGAGAGAAGUUUUCGAUUUGGCGCUUAUAAUAAUCAAUAACUAUUCGUUUCUUACUGUCAUUCCGAACGAAGAAGGAUUUAGCCCUCUCAAACUUCUUGCUACUAGGCCCUCAGCAUUCAAAAGUGGAUGCAAGAUGAUAUGGUGGAAGUGGAUUCUGUACCAUUGUAUACCCGUGGGAACCCUAAAUGUGGAAGACGCUAUGGAAUAUUAUGGCAUGAAACAAGAUAAGUCAAGCUCCCCCAACAAUUGUCCAGCGAACUAUGACACGUGUUAUCUCUUUUUUCAAAAAUGUAAAGAGAAACUGAAGGGAGUGCUGACGAAACAAACUAAUUGUACUGCUGAAUAUGGAUCUAAAGAUAUGGGAGAGAAACCCAAACCCAAAAUUCUUCGAGAAUACUAUGCUACAUGUCUUUUGUUUAUGAAGUUAGCAUUCAGCUACAUCCUUGGUGUUUUAGGAAUAGGGGUUGAAGAAAUUAAAAAGAUGAAGCAAAAACACAAAUGGAGUGGUCAACUAUUGAACAGAUUUAUGGAGUCGCCUUAUCAAUCGUAUUCGCCAAUCGGCACCAAACAAGUACAAUAUGUUAAAUCUGCUUGCGAGAAUAGCCCAGGGGAGACAGAGUUUUUGACAAGAGCGGAACGUGGAAAAGCAGUUUAUAAGAAACUGGAAAGUGAGACAGCAAUUUUGACAGCAGCAAAAAAUGGCAUAGUUGAAAUAGUGAAUGAGCUUAUAACAAAAAUACCAAGUUCAAUAUACGAUGUUAACUUGGAAAAUAAAAAUGUAUUACUUCUAGCAGUUGAGAACAGAAGAACCAAUGUUGUUGAGGCAUUAAGAAAACGGUUUAAAGAGGGUAAAACAGAGGCAAUAUUUGAUAACUUAAUCCAAGGUGUGGACAAGGAAGAGAACACUGUGUUACAUUUAGCAGCUACAAUGUAUGAUGACUAUAAUCAAGAUGGUUACAUUUCUGGAUCUGCCUUUAAAAUGAUGUGGAAUAUCAAAUGGUUUGAGUACACUAAUGGACUAGUGCCAGAACAUUUCACAGUUAGAACAAACAAAAAGAACAAAACAGCAGGAGAAAUAUUCAAGAAAACACAUGCAACGCUGGAAGAAUAUGGUAAUGCAUGGUUCAAAGAUAUUUCUGAGUCUUGUUCUGUAGUAGCAGUACUCCUGGCCGGCGUUGCCUUUGCUACGUCAAGCACAGUGCCGGGCGGCAACAAAAGUGAUACAGGCGAGCCAACAUUGAAAGGAAAGCCUGCAUUUGAUACAUUUGCCAUGUCUUCACUAAUUGGUCUUUGUUUCUCUGUCGCUGCACUCAUAAUGUUCCUUGCUAUAAUCACCUCUAAAAAAGAAGCCAAAGAUUUCAGAGUUGAUUUGCCAAGGAAGCUUCUUUUAGGAUUGAGUUCUCUUUUCUUGUCGAUGGUUGCAUUGUUUGUUGCUUUCUGUUCUACUCAUUUCUUUUUGAUUGACGACAAGUUCAAACACAUUGUGUUUCUGAUUUAUUCAGUCACGUGCUUCCCUUUGACUUUGUAUGCAGUAUCACAACUUCCACUUUACAUUGAACUUCUGAGAAAUAUUUUCAUCAAAGUUCCAAAGACAGGUGAUAAGGAGAAGGACGUUUAACGGAGAAAUGCAAUGAAAAUGUGUUUGGCUUGAGUACUACUUACUACAUAUGUUAAGAGCAGUAUAAAUAUUUAUUUGUAUGCUUAAUGUUGGAUUGUGGUUUUUUUGUGAGACUCUUAUACUAUGUAUUAUGUCUAAAAUAGCAGGAGUAAUGAGAAUUUCAAAUUUCAACAUA